AAGAACUGUUGUGAUGGUUAUACCGGGGGAAAAAAGCAAGCCAUGUUCUCGAAAAGAGGAUUUAAAAUAAAAAAAUUAAAUAAAUAAUAUAUGCACGAGGGCUAAUUAUCGUAAAUUAACAACUAGGGGUCCAGUAACACCAUGCGCACUUAUUUACAGUAGGUAGAUAAGUCACUGCAGUGAAAUAAAAUUAAUAGGGUCAUUCACUUUUUUAACAAGAACAUAACUUGCACCAAGAACUGCAAGGCAUGAAUAUCACACAAAGCUUUUAUUUCAUAUGUUCCUCAGUGCCAACAGCCUAUCUUUAACUCAUUACAGGGUGCCUAACAUGCUAAUGAUUCAGCCAUUAUUUAGAGAAGCGAAUUUGAUGUGGCAUGGCCAGAUUUAGGACGAUUUGAGUCCCAGGGCUUAAGUCACUUUUGGUACUCUACCCCUACAUUUUUUUUAUGCAUGCAAAUUAACAUAAAAUUUAAGAAAAUUAUUAGGACUGAUACCAAAAAUGCUAAUAAAAAUACUGCCACCCCAAGUAAAACUUUGCUAGAAUGUCUGCUUUUUGGAAUGAAAGACAUGAUGACAUUGGGGAUCUAAAUGUCUUAUAAUAUUUGGCAAUUGCUUUCAACACUGAUUGCCUGAUGACCAUAUCUCCCAUUCUGAUGAAUAACUGUUGUUGAUCCAGUGUUUCUGAGGAAUCUGAAAUCCCACAAUGACAGUUUUCAUGCAUGGACUUUCCCUUAACUUCCAGGCUCUAAAAUUCCUGCAGAUUACUGAAAAGGUUAAACUCGGAGUAAGCAAAGCUCUUUCAAUUUAUCUUUGAGGAACAUUGUUUCUAAACACCUGAGAGAUUUUCCCAUGUAUAUGUGCAAAACCAGGGGCACACCUAAUCAUGACUGCAAUCAGAUGUUGACAUUUCCUUUUUAAAGUUGAAUCAUUUUUCUCACUGAAAUAUCUAAACAACUCCUGUCUCACUUUCAUGGUAACUUCAGAGGAGCUGCAGAGAUUCGAAGCUCAGGUUUCAGAAUUUGUCUCCAGUGUAAUUAUUAAUGAUGGACUCUACUAAACUGGCUUUUAUGAAAGAGCGGCUAAAAGCGAUUGUUGAAAGAAAGAGAUAUGUCUCGUUGGUGGCAGCAUCAUGCUGUUGUUCUUUACUUAAACAAGUGCAGAGAAGCUGAUCAGAAUUAAUGAGAUGUAUUGAUCUAAAUAGAGGGCAAUCCUGAAAGAAAAGCUUUUAGUAGCUGCAAAAGACUUCAGAUUGAGGCAGAGGUUCACCUUCCAGCAGGACAACAACCCUACAGCCAGAGCAAAAAUGGAAUACAUUAGAUCAAAGCCCAUUCUUGUGUUAGAAUAGCCCAGUCAAAGUCCACACUUAAAUACAAGUGAGAAUUAGUGGCAAGACUUGAUAUCCAUUCAGCCUGACUAAGCUUGAGGACAAAUAAUACCAGGAGAUAAAUCUUGAGCUUGAAAAGUUGUUUUAGAUGUGCACAGAAGCUGAACAGCCCAUCAAUGGAAAGAGCAAACCUCAAAAGGCGUUUGAAAGAAUUGUCUGUGAAGUUAAUGUCUCACGUUCUGACACGCUAAGAUCACUUCAUCGGUGCUAAAUUUCCAUUAUGCUUCUUGGGUUUUCCGGGCUGAUCUUUAGGCGUGCUUGAUCAAGGAAGAAAAUCGUUGGCUGAGUGUUGCCUUACCACCUGUUUCAAGACAUUGAUCCUCAUCCCAUGGGGGGGAAUGGUGAUCCACUCAUCUGCUCUGAGGUACUGCCAGACGAGGUGCUGAAGUUGGGCUAUAUGAGAAAUAAAAGGGGGUAUGUAAACACCACCAGUCCCUGCUUGGUUGGAAUGGAGUGAAGAAUCAUAGUCUACAUCAUCAGUAUGCCAUCCGCUGAUCUCAUCCUGGUGACCACUGUCUUUAUGGCCUUCAUUAUUACUCUGACUUCUGGUGCCAGGAUCACACGCUGGCCAAAACCUCAGAACACCAACAAGCCUUCUCAAACUGGGACCAAUGGUUUAGGUGGGGGAGGAAGGUUUGGACAGAUUCCUACGAAAGCCCCCUCUUUUUCCAACAGCCUACACACAGAAGAGCCAACUGAGGUGAUGACAAAUGCAUACUCCCUGCCUGCAACAGAUAGCAGCACCUUCAACACUGACACUAACCCAACUGAGUACCACACUGAUGCAUUUGUUCGCCCUGGAAACACCCAAGGAAAUUUUACUUUUGACUACAAUGAAUGCUUCCUUAACGUUUGUGAGUGCUGCCCACCAGAAAAAGGUCCCAAAGGACCGAAUGGCGAGAAAGGGCCACCAGGGGAAAGGGGCCCUCCAGGGAUGCCAGGGGAAAAGGGAGAAAGUGGACCACGGGGUCUUUCAGGACCAGCUGGGUUACCUGGACUCAGUGGAUUAAAUGGCGACAAAGGUGAAAAAGGUGAUCAAGGGCCAAUGGGUCACCCAGGUUCCCCUGGAAUCCCAGGGAAACUUGGAGAGAAAGGUGAUUUGGGCCCCAAAGGAGAGAAAGGUGAAAAUGGGAUCAAUGGGCUGAAAGGAGACCCAGGAGAAAAAGGAGAGUCUGGCCACAAUGGGACUAAGGGCACCAUUGGUCCAAUGGGUCCCCCAGGGACAGCUGGGACAAAAGGUCAGAAAGGUGAACAGGGACGUUUGGGAGAAUGUUUACUUAGUGAGAGAGGACAGAAAGGUGAUCUUGGUGAUCCUGGGCCUCCUGGUCCACAAGGUGAGAUGGGCCCUCAAGGAGCAGAUGGGACUGAUGGUUCCAAAGGAGAAAUGGGGCCACCAGGAGAGAAGGGAGACACUGGCACAAGAGGGCCCCCAGGUGCAAGGGGAGUGGCAGGAAUAAAGGGGGAGAGGGGAGCAAAAGGUGUACGUGGCCCUCGGGGCCCAAAAGGCGAUCCAGGUGAGAGUUUGAACCCGGCUCGCUCUGCUUUUAGUGUGGGUUUGUUCCCAAGCCGGUCAUUUCCUCCACCUGGACUGCCUGUGAAGUUUGAUAAGGUCUUUUACAAUGAGGAGGGGCACUGGGACUCAGCACUCCACAAGUUUAAUGUCACACACUCAGGGGUCUACUUACUCACUUAUCACAUCACUGUGCGCAACCGGCCUCUGCGAGUUGCCCUGGUGGUUAAUGGGGUGCGGAAGGUGAGGACGCGAGAUUCCCUUUACGGCCAGGACAUCGACCAGGCUUCUAACCUUGUGCUUAUGCAGCUCAGCGAGGGCGACCAAGUGUGGCUGGAGACCCUGAGAGACUGGAACGGGGUUUACUCCAGCAGUGAGGAUGAUAGCACCUUCUCUGGCUUCCUGAUUUACCCAGACUCAAAUACAAAAGCAACCGCUAUUGAAAACAUUUGAAUGCAACGUUUUGUUAUUGAAUGCUAAUUUUUUGUUAGCUCUUUUUCCAACUACUGUGCUUGUAGAUGUUGAACUCUCAGCGUAUUGCAUUUUUCUCUAACAUGCUGCUGCUUGGAAUUCAUUUUUUAGAGUUUGCUGAUAGAACCAAGUCCUUUACAUGCUUAACUGUACUAGGUCAUGAUUUGUUUUUGCAAAACUGCAUUAAAAUUACACAGCUUAAAAAAACAACUUACGUAUGGAU